AUGGGAAUCAUUGAAAAAUUUGUUCCACUUCUUAUUGAUAUGGAAGAGGAGGGUUUACAAAGUCCAUUAAUUGAAUAUGAAGAUUGUUCUUUUGUUUAUAUAAAAACAAACAAUAUAUAUUUAGUCUCAAUGGCUAAAAAGAACAUUAAUGUGUUUGGUGAGUAUUUUAAAGAUGUUGAAGAAGAAUCAAUUAGAGAUAAUUUUGUCAUAAUUUAUGAAUUACUUGAUGAGAUGAUGGAUUUUGGUUAUCCUCAAACAACAGAGGGAAAAAUAUUACAAGAAUAUAUAACACAAGAAAGUCAUAAACUUGAAAUAGUACCUAAAUUACCUAUGGCUGUAACUAAUGCUGUAUCAUGGAGAUCAGAAGGUAUCAAACACCGUAAAAAUGAAGUUUUUCUUGAUGUCAUUGAAUCUGUUAAUCUUUUAGCAAGUGCUAAUGGAACAGUUUUAUCUAGUGAAAUUGUUGGAAAUGUUAAAAUGAGAGUAUUUCUUAGUGGAAUGCCUGAAUUAAGACUUGGAUUGAAUGAUAAAGUUUUAUUUGAACAUAAUAAUCGAGGAAAAAAUAAAUCUGUUGAAUUAGAAGAUGUCAAAUUUCAUCAAUGUGUAAGAUUAUCAAGAUUUGAAAAUGACAGAACAAUAUCUUUUAUACCUCCAGAUGGAGAAUUUGAAUUGAUGAACUAUAGAUUAACUACAGUAGUUAAACCAUUAGUUUGGAUAGAGGCUGUUGUUGAAAAAUUUUCUCAUUCUCGUAUAGAAUAUAUGGUUAAAGCUAAAUCACAAUUUAAGAGGCGUAGUACAGCAAAUAAUGUUGAAAUAUUAAUUCCAGUACCAUCAGAUGCUGAUUCCCCUAAAUUUAAAGCUUCUAUUGGUAAUGCAAAAUAUGUUCCAGAACAAAGUGCAUUUAUUUGGACAAUUAAAUCAUUUCCCGGUGGAAAAGAUUAUCUUAUGAGAGCUCAUUUUAAUUUACCUAGCAUACAAGGUGAACAGUUGGAGGGUAAACGACCUAUUAAAGUAAAGUUCGAAAUUCCUUAUUUUACUACUUCUGGAAUUCAAGUGAGAUAUUUAAAAAUAAUAGAAAAAAGUGGUUAUCAAGCUUUACCAUGGGUGCGGUAUAUUACCCAAAAUGGUGAUUAUCAACUACGAAUGGCAUAA